AUGUUAAAACCAGAACGAGUAACAUUUUCUGCUGAUGAUGAUAAAUUUAAUCAGUUUGCAAAUAAUGAUCAAUUAAAUUCUUUCCUUAACGAUUCUCUCGUUCAUUAUUCAACAGAUUUUAAAAAAAGUGAUCAACAAGAAUCAAUAUCUAUUAAACAUUCAAAUUCCUUAAACCAACUUUCAUCUAUAACAAUGUCUAGUCAACAACAAGACCAACAAGAAACUGAACAUGACUCACCAGCGUCAGCACCACCAUCUUUAAUCUCUGAAGAAAAUCCCAUUAUUAAUGAAAAUAAUUUACAUCAAUUCGAUGCAUUAACAUUACAACAAUUAGCUAUUGGUACACAUCAAAAUUUAUCAAAUAUAAAUGAAGAUAAUACAAAAACAAGUCCAUCUCAUUCAACAUCAUUUAUUGAUAUACAAAGAGAAGUUGAUCGUGUAAGACAAAUGAAAUAUGGUCGAACAUAUUCAUCACCAACAUCAUCACUUUGUUCACGAUUAACAAUAAAUCCUUUUAAUGGAACAAAUAAUAAUAUUGAUUUAUCAUCAAUAACACAAUCAGUUCAUUUUACUGAACAAUCAAAUCAAACAAACUGUCUUCCAUUUUCAUCAACAUUUAUAACAUCAAUACCAGAAUCAACUGUACCAGCACCUGUUAUAUCAUCAACAACGAAUGAUAACCAUUUUAUACCAAUACAUCAGAUUGAAUCACCAUCAUUAGAAGAUCGUGAAGUAUUUGAAACAUUUCAUAUAAAACAAACUCCUGUACCUGGUAUUGCUAUACGACAAUCAGUUAAUUCAUUAAAUCGUAAUAUAUCAACAUCAGAAACAGAUCUAAUUGCAUCAUUACAUCGUAGUGAAAGUAAACAAGGUCUAGAUAAUCAAUCUGAACAUGGUACAACAUAUAGUGGUGUAUCCGAUGAUGUGAUAUUUGGUGAAUGGGAUAAAGAACGUAGUUUAUUUCAAGAUUAUAUUAAUUCAUUACGUACAGAAAUUCGUGUACUUUUGCAAGAACGUUCCGAAUAUCAAAAACAAAUUGAAACAAUAGAUAAUAAUUUAAGUGAACAUAAACGUUUAAAUUUAACACAAAUAGGUACUGAUCAAACAAAAUUUGAUUUAUUAAAAAAAUCUUUAGAAGAAAAAAAUCUUGUUCUUGAACAUUUACAAAAAGAAUAUGAAAUAAUUAAAGAAAAAAAUACAAAUUUAGCAAGAAAAAUAUCUGUUUUACGUUGUGAUUCUAAAGCACAAACAGGUGUUAUCGAUGAAUUGAAACAAAAAAUAGCUGAAUUAACUGUUGAUAUACAAAAUCAUAUUAUUGUUAAACGUCGUUUAGAAAUUUCAAUGAUGAAUUUAGAAAGUGAUUGUAAAAUGAUUGAUGCUGAAAGAAUACGUUUAACUCAUGAUAUUAAAGAUAUUCAAUUGAGUAACCAAAAUUUAGAAAAAUUAUUACAACAAGCUAAUGUACAAAUUGCUGAAGAAGGUAAUUCUUUUUUCUACUUAUAA